AUGAACAAGAAAUUCAAGUCACAGGCCUCUAGCGCUCGAGCUGCCUCUUCGACAUUUGGAGGCUCGUCUCUUGGAUUUGGAAAUCCUGCAUCAGCUUUUCAGACCAACGCCUCUCCUCUAUCCUACGUGACUGAAGUUCCGGAUCUGAGCGCUAUCUCCGAUCCCAGCAUCGUGGUCGCCUUCAAAAACCUGACAAAGAAGGACAGUGUGACCAAAGUUAAAGCUCUUGAGGAUCUGCAGGAGGUCACAUCUUCAAAUGCAGAAACGGGUCCGGAACCUGCAGUCUUAGAAGCAUGGAUCAACAUCUAUCCUCGCACUUCCAUAGAUAAUGCUCGCAGAGUACGCCAGCUUGCUCACUCCUUGCAAGGAUCUCUGACCGUGUCGAGUGGGAAACGAAUAGCUUCGCAGCUUCACAAAGUCAUUGGCGCAUGGCUUAGCGGAACUUUUGACAGCGAUAAGUCCGUCUCUAGAGCGGCUCUGGAAUCAUUUGAGGUGGCUUUUUCUUCCGAAGAGAAGCGUCGAGCAGUUUGGAGACUGUACCAAGGAUCACUCCUGGAAUAUGUUGAAGACGCCAUCCUGAGACAUAGCCCUCAAACGCUUAGUGAUGAGCGAAAUACCACCCCAGACGACGCAGAAGCAAAACAUGUGCGGGUAGUCUCAACAGCUCUUCAUGUCCUGGAUCGCCUCCUACAGAUUGACUGGGGUGACAAAGCUUUGUCUUCCAACGAAACCCUGCAAAGCAUUACCAACGCCAAUAAGACCUGUGAAUUAGCUUCGCACAACGACGCAAGCAUCCGGAGAGCAGUCUACAAGCUGUACGCUGAUGCAAUCGGCCAAAGAAUAGAGCUCGACUGGAAGCAGGUCAGCUCUUGCUUCCUUGCCAAAGCCCUACAUGUUAGCCAUACAAACUCUUCUGCGCAGUACAUCGAUGCGUUACUGGCCAUUACCCGGGCACGUCCAUCAGUCUGGACAACUGAAUAUGCUUCGAAGACUGCAGUUGCGCGUAGGCUGUAUCAGUAUAUCAAGCAAGGUUCCCAGAGAGGCCCCGAGUUGUGGUGGCUGCAUCUCCGGCAGCUGAUCAAAAUCAUACCAGCGCAGGCGUGGAGCGCUGUUGCGGCAGACUCGAAAGAAGGGUUGUCCUAUGAGGCAGCGAAUCAGCUUCUGAAUGCGUUGCACGAGGCGAUCGUGAACACUGACGAGCCGCGGCAAAACUCCGCGGCAGCGUGGGCGACGUAUGCAGAUAUAUUCUUCUGGAUACUUGGUACGCCUGACGUGAUAGAAGAACAGGAAAAGCUUGUGCAGUCCUUCCUUUUUCCUGUAAUUGAACGCUAUCUCCUUGCAGCCUCAGACCUAUCUCAAUGGACUACUCCAGCUGCAAUAAGCCUCUCACUAUGCUCGUCCUUUAUGUUGAAGCUCGAGCAGACAUUUCCAUCUACUCAAAUUGCUGCUUUUUAUCAGAGUAUGGUAGGUUGUCUCAUCGAGACCAUGAAAACAUCUCAGCCGGAAUCAUCCAAGACUUUCAAGGCCUCCCAAGAUGAUGUUAUUCAGAAGACUCGCCGCUUUGUCGAUUUGCAGAUUGCCAUGCAGACAAACAGGACAUCAGAAGAAGAAUCAGAAGGAUUGCACCACGAGCCUCGGACAUUAGCUCUGGGCUCAACCUUCAUCCAGGGCAAUAUCGAAAUUCUGCGGGAAGCUGUAAAGCUGCUACGCGAUAGAAAUGGCAAACCCUAUGGCGCGGCGGGCGCAGUCUACCUGAUUCUGGACAAAAUACCUGGUAUUACUGAUGAGAUCAAGAUCUCCUCGACUCCAGAUUUACUGUCAGAUUUGCUGGACCAGGAGGCUCCGAGGUUGCUGGACUCUCCUUCUGCUGAGCUGCUCAUCUCCAUUCUGCUGAAAUGCCGUCAUAUGACUGGUUUCAAAAAAAGCUUUGACGCCAUCCUUGAGCAAUUCCUACAAAAUGAGGCGUUACGCGGUUCUCGUGCAUAUAGAAUUCUUCUUCGGGGAAUUACAAAUGAUGACUUAAUUCAUCAUCGCGACCUGGAACAGGCACUCCUGCAAGAUCUCAAUACAGCUCUUGCUGGUGAUGACUCCCGCUGGUCUGCUGUCUAUGAAAUCAUGACGAACCCAAACCUGAACCAGUCACUGAUAGCCCCCAAACCAUCUUCAACCCCACCAAUUCAAAGCCGCGUGUUAGAAGAUAUGCUCUCUGGACUAUCGUUGGAUGAAAAAGAAGGCAAUGCUUUGAACGGCUUUGACAUUCUUCUGAACCGUAACGCAUCUUUGCGACCUUUGCUUGCGGCCCACCUGAAUCUUGGAAGCCUUUUGACUCGUCUACUCCUCAUUUCCGACUCUUCUAAUGAGGAAAAUGCAGACAAAGCGGCGCGCUUAGCAUCGUUGGUGAAGAACAUGUUUGCCAAACAAGGCGAAAUCGGCAGAGGUGCUUCUGCUAUUGAAAUAUUCAGCCGUCAGUUGGACGGGGCAGGAGAAGCUCUUUCGAUUUCAUCGCUUGUGGAAAUUGCCGGAGAAGCUCUGCAAGACGCUGAAAAGAGCCACAGUCCGACUGUUGCGUCGGCUUUGUUUCCCACAGUUGCUAGCUGGCAGAAGGCGUUGACUCCUUUCCUCCAGCUUCAGCCUCCCCUUGCAAUAUCCCUCAUUGCACCCCUACAGGGUUGUGCAUUCCUGGUUGACCGUGAACGCAGACGGUCAUCUGGUGGACUUCCCCGGGACUUGGAAGGUUUCAGCGUCGCACUACGCUUGAUAAUUCUCGUAACUAGGCUUCUUGAACAGGUGUCACCAGAACAGCUCACAGAUGAUCAAGUUGAAGCCUUGUAUCUCUACUAUCCACAAGCUCUUCAACUUGCAGACGACAAGCUGAGCAUUGAGAGUGCGAAUGCUCUAUGGAUUGAUUCGACAGAGGAAGUCGUGCAAGAAAUGACUGACAUUGUGGCGAAGGGCCAGAAGCUGAUUCGAUCAUGGCUUCUGGACGAGAAGUCAGAUGACACUUCUGGAACCAAGCCUACCCUGAUAUCUUGUUGGUUGUCACAACUGUCAAACAUACACGGGAUGUCUGCGCAAAGUUUCAAUCUGGCAAGAACGUUCACAAGUGUAAUGAUUGAAGCAUCCGACCUCAAAGGUGCUUCCAGGUAUAUUGCUUCGUGGGAGGCGUCACUUCGAGCCAUCAGGGCCUCUGCAGAUACUAUGAAGUCUGCUGCUCUUCUGACUGUGUGUCGAGAGACAUUAGCCACUGUUGCACUGGGCAGGCGAUUGUGCAACGAGUUUGUGGCAGAUGCGACCGAGAUCGACUUCGACGACGCAAAUAACGCCAUACGCAGGUUGGUUCUUCUCAACCUGCUUACCAAGGGGGAGGAUGACUUGAUCGGCAAUAUCCCAUCCCAACGGCUGAUCUUCUUGGCCAAGCAUCUUAUUUCGGUUGGAUCAUUCAAUCAGGCUCCUACCGGGCUCCAGUCCGAGAUUCUGUUAGCUCUCACUGCCAUUCUUCCGCCAAUCAGAGACCUCUAUGGCGACUUCUGGCACGGCGUGGUCACGUUGAUGGCGCAGUAUCUGGACAGCAUCAAGGACGCUUCCGAGGUAGUUCCUUUGCAUGCUGCUCUCCGGCUCCAUGCAUGCUUACUCUCAUUGACUGGUGGAGACAGUAAUGAAGACCUGGAGGAAGAGUUGUCGAAGGUCAAGCCGUCAGUCGACGCCAGUUUGCUUGAGAUCUUGACACAUUUUGAUGAAACUCCUUCUGGUGCCUGUCAGCCUCUUGAGAUUACUACGGCCCUUCUGGCGCGUCAAGUGCAGAACUUACAAUUCGACGGACAAGCGCAAAUCGCUGAUCUCUACCCUCUGCUGUCGUCAGAGGAUCGCUCGGUACAAGGUGCAGCCUACGGCAUUCUACAUCGAUCACUUCCAUCGAUACAGGAGCAAGUCUCGAUCGAAGCGGCCCUUUCAAAGACUGCCACACAUCUUCCCGACGAACUGCUCUCAUUACUCCUGGAUGCUCCUUCCAUGGACCUCUUCAACAACAGUCUCUAUUCUACCGAUUCCGUCUGGACCAACAUUCGACGCUAUCUGCUGAGCUGGAAAGUAGUAUUCGACCACUUCUCGAAAGCAUCCCACAUAGUCCAAGAAACGUACGUAGUAGACAUCAAGGAUUACGGACACCUCGAAUACCUCCUCAAGUUCACCUGCGACAUGCUCCGAAUAGCAAGCGGCAAGCCCAUGGAUGCCUCCAAAUACAACAUCACGGACUUUACCCUCGACGCCGAAACCUCCCUUGAAAGAGAAUGCCAAUGGCUAACCAUCCACCUGUACUACCUCUCCCUCCUCCAUCUCCCCAGCCUCACCAAGACCUGGUGGAUCGAGCAAAAAAACCGCAUCAAAACACCCCUCGAAUCCUACUCCCAAAAACACAUCUCCCCCCUCAUCAUCUCCGCCUCCCUCACCAGCCUGUCAGAAUGGCACAGCACCACCACCCAAGACAACCCCGAGGAAGAGAGACCACUAACCCUCAAAAUCAACCCCCGCGCCUCCGAAGCCAUCGCCUCCAUCCCCAUCGACCCGGACUCGCCGCCCAUAGCGCUCUGCAUCACACUGCCGCCCAGCUACCCGUUCGCCCACGCGCUCGUCACCUCGCGCAACCGCGUCGCCGUGUCGGAGCAGAAAUGGCAGGCCUGGCUGCGCACCAUCCAGGGCGUCAUCAUGUUCAGCAACGGCUCCGUCAUCGACGGACUGCUGGCCUUCAAGAAGAACGUGCAGGGCGCACUGAAGGGCCAGAGCGAGUGUGCCAUCUGUUACAGCGUGAUCGGAAGCGACAUGAAGACGCCGGACAAGAAGUGUGCCACGUGCAAGAAUUGCUUCCACUCCGCUUGUCUGUAUCGCUGGUUUCGCAGCAGCAAUUCCAGUAGUUGUCCGUUGUGUCGCAAUGCUUUUCAUUAUGCUUGA